AUGGCGGUCGUGGAGACAAUGGGCCUUAACGAUAUUUACCCGAGAGGAGUGAUGCGACGUCCUGAGCCAGGAGAAGAUUUUGAGGAUUUGCUUUUGCCCAGCCGAGUCGAGAGCCCGCCUGCAAGACGAGUACCUGGCAAUGGAAGCCCGGACAACUCCCUAGGGAGCUACGAGGGUAGCGCUGGUGACUUCGGCUUACGGAGAAUCGCGUCGGAGACGCUCAACGGUUACAGCCCAGCCAGAUCAGCCUCGACCAGCUCGCCGAAGAGGAUGGACCAGGGAGCAUUCACAAAGCUGUACAGCAUGCACCGAGACCGCCUCGGCUGCUUCCAUGCCGAGAAGCCAGAGGUGCCUGACUCUCCGUCUUCUCAGGCCCUGGCAGCUAUGAUCGAGCGUCUCCACGACGAGGAGGUGAGGAAGCGGGAGGAGCGCAAAGCUGCGCGAACCUUUGAGAGAGAACAGGAACUCUGUCGACAAACGCCGUUUGUCCCCACCCUGUCCAGAGCCAGUCGAUGCACCUCUGAACCAGGAGAGCGGCAUCUGGUUCUCUACGACCAACGCCUAGAACUGGCCCAGCGGCGACGGCAGCGGCAAGAGCAGAAGCUUCGCGAAGAGCGAGACUAUCGCGAGGCCCAUAGCGUCCAUCGGGCCAGAUCCCCCCAGGCGAAUCCGAUGGUCUACCAACGACCGACAGCAGGUUUUGCAGCAGUUGAAUCUGUGGAUCAAUUUUCGUUAGGCAGCUUACAUGAGGAUGCGGAGCUGAAGAGGAGGCAGCGACGAGGUGAUGUGGACGGCAAGGUUUCUCCCGCGCGGCGCGUUGCCAGCGAGCGGCAGCUGAAACUGUACGAACAAGCCGUGGAAGCAGCCCAGAAGCGGCGAGCUCUACAGCAAGAAAAGCUCCAGCAGGAGCAGCUGUACCUGGAGGCCAACAGUGUGCAUCGUGCCAGAUCUCCUCAGGCAGAUGUCGGCGUCAUCUCUCAGCGCCUAUAUGAGGAAGGACGGCUGAAGAAGAUUCGACAAAAAGAGCUGCAGCGUGAGCAGGAGCUCAAGGACGUGUCGGAGCUGGCUGCUGCCCGCAAAAAGCCGACACGCAAGGAUGAGGCUGCGCUGGUCGAGCGGCUCUUCCGGCCGGAGCGGCGCCAGCGCCAGCACCUGCGUGAGGAGGAGGAAGAGUGGCUGCAGCAGCGGAGGAGAGUUUCCCUACCACAGCGAGCAGCAUCCUUUCAAGGGCGCUUCCACUCGCCCGUCAGCACGCCUGCGGAGUCGCCGAAGGCGAGCUCGGAGGCAACUCCCAGUUCAUCGCCCACGGCGCAUGGGCCAGUUUGGGGAUCUCUGCGGGAUCCGCCGGGGGGUUGGGAGGUUAAUGUCGCAGCUGCCGUGCACGCUGCAGAACUCCUCUCCGCAAAUGUGGAGCAGGAGUCAAAAAGCCAGCCCUCGGCUGAAGCGCAUUCGGCGCAAAGUGCUCAAGGUGUUUCUCAGGAGCCCGAAGCGGUCUCGGAGAAGCGACGCUUGUCACUGGAGCUGGAGGAAUGUUUCUGA